CAUACUAUUUUCCAGUAAAAAAACAUGUUGGAAAUAUGAUACGUCACCAACCUUAAUUUCAGCAAUGAAGAUCAACAACAAAAGAGACAAAUAUGGUACCUAUAACAAGACAGAUUUGGAAACAAAUUAAGAGACACGAAACAAUUGGAGAGCAUGCACAUCAUCAUCAGUGUUAAUUUAAUCCUAAAUAUUUUCUCAAAUCCUUGUUAUCCAAAUCCAAAAAAAUUUGCUAUUUCUACAAAUAAUCACAUCAUAAUCUACAAUUUCUUCUCUUUUUUACAAACAACCACGUUAACCAAAACACAAACACAUAUGAAUAUCAUACAUUGUUAUGGUAAUGAUAAUGCGUUAUUACAAUGUCGCAUUCAACACCAUCAAUGAUGUUUUAACCUCUGAUCAGAGUUUGGUAUCUUCAAGGUUUUAUAUUUGUGGCAUUGUUUCAUAAUAAGACAAGAAAAAGUUUUGUUUUUGUGCUGAAUUCUAGUGAUUAGAGGUGAUGGGUCGUUGCCCAUGUUUUGGGUCUAGAAAGAAGGGAAAAGGGAAGAAUGAUCAGGAAGAUGAAAAGAACCUUAAAUCUGUUGGGAGUACUGUUUCUGUUUCUGGAAGAUCUUUAGAACGGAGAUCAGAAGCUACUACAGCAGAGAAUACCGACAUUUCUAAUAAAGCUCAAAUAUUUACCUUCAGAGAACUUGCGACGGCAACAAAAAACUUUAGGGAUGAAACCUUUAUUGGGCAAGGUGGAUUUGGAACUGUUUACAAAGGAAAGCUAGGUAGCACUGGUCAGGCUGUAGCUGUUAAAAGACUUGAUACAACUGGUUUCCAAGGUGAGAAAGAAUUUUUAGUGGAGGUUCUCAUGCUCUCUCUUCUACACCAUCCCAACCUUGUUAGUAUGAUUGGUUACUGCGCGGAAGGUGAUCAACGACUUCUUGUCUAUGAAUACAUGCCUAUGGGAUCCUUAGAAUCUCAUCUCCAUGAUCUUUUGCCGGAUAAUGAACCGCUUGAUUGGAAUACGAGAAUGAGGAUAGCUGUAGGGGCAGCAAGAGGACUAAAUUAUCUUCACCAUGAAGCGGAGCCUUCUGUUAUAUAUAGAGAUUUGAAAUCAUCCAACAUAUUAUUGGAUGAAGGAUUCUAUCCAAAGCUUUCUGAUUUCGGCCUUGCGAAAUUCGGUCCAACUGGAGAUCAAUCAUAUGUUGCUACUAGAGUCAUGGGAACACAUGGUUAUUGUGCACCUGAGUAUGCAACUACUGGAAAAUUAACAAUGAGAUCUGACAUCUAUAGUUUUGGAGUUGUGUUAUUGGAGCUAAUUACUGGACGUAGAGCGUAUGAUGAAACUCGUGCCCAUGACAAGCAUCUUGUUGAUUGGGCACGCCCAUUGUUCAGAGACAAAGGGAAUUUUCGAAAAUUGGUAGAUCCACAUUUGCAAGGUCACUACCCUAUAUCAGGUCUAAGGAUGGCCCUUGAAAUGGCACGCAUGUGUCUUCGAGAAGAUCCACGUCUCCGGCCUUCUGCAGGCGAUAUAGUACUUGCCCUAGAUUACUUGUCAUCCAAGAAAUAUGUCCCAAAAGCAUCCGAAAUAGUUAGCCCAGGAGAGAUGGAGCACGACGAAUCCCCCAAUGAAACAACGAUGAUUUUGGUUAAAGAUUCACUAAGAGAGCAAGCUCUUGCAGAGGCCAAACAAUGGGGGGAGACAUGGAGAGAAAAGAGAAAACAAAGUGGCCAAAAUAGUCCUGAGGAAAUAAUAAGGAGGUAAAAAUAGUAAUUUGAUGCAGAUUAGAAGUGGCUGGUGUCAAUAAAGGUAUAAGAAAAAUGUGAACAAUCUUCAAAGUUUAAUUGUAGCUAAAUAAAAUAGGUUGGUGGCAGCUAUUUUUUUUAGAAGUGUUGUUUAGGCACUUGUGAACUAGAGAUUCAAUUUUACAUGUUUUGAUAUGAGGUUUUUUAGUAUUUAUUU